UGCCAAUGCAAUGAGGCCUGACAACACAACACGCGGUCAAGGCACACAAGCCGGUGAUCUGGUUGGCCGCGGCUUUCCACGUACUUCUCGAAUGAACGGGCCCAUUAAACCCUUGAAUGAAGUCCACAUGAUACCACACGCGCCCACCGCAUUGGUUCGCGCACUGGUUGACACGUCUUACAAGAUCUCAAAACGUCUUCUCUACGCCGAUGCUGGGGUGAUUGACCGAUCUCCAGCUAUGUACGCCAUUGCAAGCCGUAAAUAACGGGUCACCAAGAAUCCUGAUUUGUGGCGGCGAUCUGUGACCAGCCUGAUUAUUGGCCUGCGUUCGGGCAGUUCAGGGUGAACCUAGUAUCUAGCCUACCUAAUCUAAGUGGCUUCAUUGCUUGGCCUACUUAUGAAGUAUGUAAGUCCGGGAGGCGUCAUAGCUCCGGUCGUGAAUCAGACUGGACAGCUCCAGAUGCCGAUAAAUACCUGAUUAGUUGCCCGAAAGGAAAUCUUGGAAAAGUUAUAAAAUCCCAUCUUCUCGAUCUUUGACCUCUCCCGAUUAGUAGAUCACCCAUCUACGUAGUAACUGACUACACCUUCUUGCAUAUAUCUUAGCAGACCUCUAACAAAGAACCGACAUAUCCACACGGGCAAAAUGAUUAUAACUGACAUCUUUUCUAUGAUCCUCCGCCUCGCGGAGCUGGCGUUCGCCGCGAUCGUCGCCGGAAUCAAUGGCCAAUACCUUCACGACGUCCACAACACCAGCAGCUGGAACCAGGGCCGCUUCAUCUACACGGAAGUGGUAGCUGCUCUUGCCAUCUUCCUUGCCAUCAUCUGGCUCUUCCCAUUCGCCGGAAGCUUCACCCACUGGCCUGUUGAUCUCAUCAUUUCUCUCUGCUGGUUUGCCGCCUUCGGCCUGAUAGUUAACUCUCUCGACGGCGGGUGCGGACGUGCCUUUGACUGGCGCAAUGUGUCUUUCCGCAACGGCGAUCAGUGCGGAAAGUGGAAAGCCGUCAUCGCCUUCGCUUUCUUGUCUGCUAUAUGCUGGCUCGUCUCGACCAUCAUCGGCAUCUUCUGGGUUCGCGAGAAGGAAACCCGUGCCUACCGCCGCCGCAAUUGGUACAGAUCUCGCGUCUAAGGGCCCCCUGAGAUGAAUCGACAACUUGCAUCUCACAAUUCCUUAAUGGUGUACUGUGACUUAAUCCAACGAACCUUAUGGCUUAAUGUCACUCGCCGGAUUACCAAAUUUUCUCGAGUCCCACACAUGACGGCGUUGGGGUUGGGGGUUUAGGUUGGCUUGAUAUUGUUAGGUAUUUUGGGACAUUGUUCAGCACUGGCGCUUAUGGAAAUGAGCGUAUAUUAUUAUCACGAAAGAUACCCGGAAUAACGGAAUAUAAAUCUAAU